AUGAUCUCCGCGAUUGCAUGGAUACCAAAGGGAGUCGCGAAGGCGGAACUCGAGCAGACAGUACUAUCUCCCGAGGAGCUGGCCGCACUGCGUGCACUGCAAGCCGAAGCCGGCACCUCCGAUGAGGAGAGCGAGUGGGAGGAGGGGAGCAGCGACGAGGACGAGGUCAUGGAUGAGGAGGCCGCGGUGGCCAAGGCUCAGGCCAUGGCGGCCACUGUGAAGGGCCUCACCCCCGACCCGGAGGCCAGUGGUCCCGCACCCGGCCCCUCAGACGAAUCCCUCGCCGCUGCGAUGGCUGAGCUGGACAUGGAACACUACGACGACAGCGACCCCGAGGAGGCUGGGACCAGCAGCAUGAACCGCAUCCUUGGUAGCUCUGGGAACCCAGGCAUGGCAUUCUACAAGGAUCCGACGCUGGACCCCUAUCUGCAGGGCGACAAGGCCGGUGCCAGCGACAGCGACUCCGAGACGGAGGCCAUGACCCUGCAGAAGAACGACCUGCUCAUCAUGGCGGCACGGAACGAGGACGACGUCAGCCACCUCGAGGUGUGGGUGUACGAGGAGCCCGACACGAGGGGCCCCGCCAACCUGUACGUGCACCAUACCAUCCUGCUGCCGGCCUUUCCACUGAGCGUCGCGUGGAUGGACCUCGCGCCGGGAGAGGAUGGUCACAGGAACAUCGCGGCAGUGGGCAGCUUUGAGCCGGGGAUCGAGCUGUGGGACCUCGACAGGAUGGAUGCAGUCGAGCCGGUGGCCACUCUGGGCGGUGCCGACUACGAGGCGACCAAGGCGGCGGCGGCGGCAGCGGCAGGGUCCAAAGGAAAGAAGGGCAAGAAGAAGAAGCAGCUGCCCAGCGUGGAGGUCCGUCCUGGCAGUCACACGGACGCGGUGCUGGGCCUGUCCUGGAAUCGGGAGUACAGGAACGUGCUGGCGUCUGCGUCGGCCGACCACAGCGUCAAGGUGUGGGACGUGGCGGCCGCCUCCUGCACCCACACCCUGGCCCACCACAGCAGCAAGGCGCAGGCGGUGGUGUGGAACCCGGCCGAGGCCCCCAUCUUGCUCUCCGGCGGCUUCGACCGCCGGGCGGCCCUGGUGGACCUGCGGGUCGCCGACGCCGCGCCCGCCAGCUGGGCGGUCCCCGCCGACGUCGAGGCGCUGGCCUGGGACCCGCACAGCCCCACCGCCUUUGUGGUGGCCGCCGAGGAUGGCAGCGUCAGCUGCUUCGACGCGCGCAAGGGGCCCGGCUCCGAGGCGAUGUACUACCUGGCCGCGCACAAGAAGGCGACGUGUGCGCUUUCCUUCUGCCCGGCCGUCGCCGGCCUCUUCCUCACGGCCAGCACAGACAAGAAGGUCAAGCUGUGGGACACCCGGGGCGGCGGCGAGCCGGCCCUGCUGGCCACCCAGGACCUCAAGGUCGGGGCCGUGUUCUCCGCCGGCUUCUGCGCCGACGCGCCGAUGCUGGUGGCCGCGGGCGGGGCGGCGGGGACGGUGGCGGUGUGGGACACCACGACUUGCGAGGCUGUGACGGCCUUUGCGGGCGUGGAGAGUGCGUGA